AUGGCAUACGCAGUAGAGGAUGCAAGACAACUCGGAAAAUGUAUGAAAAUUGUUCUCCGAGAUGGCGUAAGUUUUUAUUUUCAGAACUUUUGAAUCCGAAAACUAUAUAUCUAAUCGUCAGAUAUUUUAUAGACUCGCAAAAAUGUUAAUCAACAAGCUGUUGCCAGAAGGAAAAUAUGUAAUGCUUAUAGACUUGUGGGUGUGAUGCGAGGCUUGAGAAUGGCUAAAGAUUAUGACGAAACAAAAUCGUUUACGAAUUCUUCGACUUCGUAUGUUCAAUAUUGCCUACCAAUUAUUCGAUGUUUUAUGAUUCGUUUUUCUGGGGAAGAAAAUCCUCGAAAUUUUUAUCUCACCAAAGAAGUUCUAAAUGUUUUGAAAAACUUGCGGGAAAAUCAGAAUAUUGGGAUAACUGUUGAAACGGAAGAAAUGAGGAAACUUGGAAUUGUGUAUUUAAUGAAUGAGGAAGAAUUGAAGAAAAUAUUAAGAAAUUUUGAAAUUUCGAAAAAUGAAUUCACAGUAAGUGUAUUUGACAUUGAUCAUACAAAUAAUAAUUUCUUCGCAGAUUAUCAAAAUCGAAAUAUCAUAUUCUUUCAAUAAAAUUGCUACACCAUUUAUCUCAAGUUAUGGAACAUUCAUCAAACUUUCAACAGAUGCAUUCGAUGAUGUUCUACGUUAUAUAAGUCAAAAUAUGCAAUUAUUCCAAAAUAUCAAACAAUCGGAUUUUCCAAAAGUGAUAAAAUGGAUUGAAGUCAAUCUCAAAGAUUUUUUCUUUGUCUCUGACAAAUUAUAUGCAAUUGAAACAUGGAGAAUUGAUAUAAUGAUUGAAAAAGCUAGAAAUGAACUCCAGAAAUAUAAAUCGAAUUUGCCAAUGUUUGAAGUUCCUGAAAAAAGUUCAUACGAAAAACAAGAAAUUAUGGAAUAUAUUCAAAAUAUGAUGAAAUCUAUUGGCUUCAAUAUUGAAGUUUUUGAACUAAAUUAUCGAUUGAGAAGUGCUGGAAAAGUCAAUUUUAAAAGAAGCGAUAUAUACUCGAUUUAUAAUUCAUGCUGUAGAUGUUCAGUCAUGAAUGCAUUGAAUGUGUUUCAUUUGGCUCAUGACAUGCAAGUUUAUCAUCGGAAAAAUCAUAUUGAGAAAAUCGUGGGAAAAGAUUUUGAUAAAUAUUUCGAAAUGCUUUACAAUUUCCAAACAUCUGAAUCGAGGCAGUCAAAUAAUGUAUCAGAAAUUAUGAAAAAACGAUUUGAGAAAGAAAAAGAAAAAGAAGAAAUGAUAGAAAAUAUGAAAAUAGAGAAUUUGGAAUUGAAAAAAAAUAUGGAAGAUCUUCGUAGACAACUUGAAAAUAUGAAAAAUGAAGCCGAAAAUAAACGAAAAAUGUAGGUUUUUAUUUUUUAUUUUUUAAAAAGUACUUUUUUAUUCCAGAUUUCACAAAGAAAUUUCUCGAAAAAAUGAGGAAAAUUUGAAAAUCGCUGAAAAUUUGUCGAUUUUGAAGCGAGAAUUGAAACACGUAAACAACGAAUUGAAAAAUACACAAGAAAAAUGUUCGCAAAUUGUUGAAGAAUUUAAGAAAGAAAUCACGAUGAAAGAUCAGCAAUGGGAAAGGAUAAACAGGAAAAACUCUGAGAAAAAAAGAUUUAUAAUAUCGUUAGAAAAUGAAUUAAAAGAGUAAGUUUUGAUAUAAUUUUGUAAUCGAAAAGACAAAAAUGUUGCAGAUUGAAAGCACAAACAUCUUCGACAAAAGAAUUGAAAGAAGUGAAGAAGGAAUUGAAAGGAUUACAAGGAACAUAUUCGAAUUUGAGAGAAGAAAGUCGGAAAAAUAUUGAGAAAUUGAAAGAAGAAAAUCGAAAAAUGAAAGAAAAUCGAGAAAAUGAGAAGAACAAAUAUGAAAAAAGUUUGAAAUUGAGGGAGAAGGAAAAUAUGGAAAUAUCUGGAAAACUACAAAAAUCUGUGGAGAAUUCGGAGAAAUUGAAUUCGAUAAUCAAAAAUUUGGAAAAAGAUUUGAGAAAUUCGAAAAAUUGA